UCCCAACUUACAACCCCACCCCAUACUCUAUCACUUCUACCAUCCGCCAUAAGCCAUCAUGUCCGUCCAGCCCUUGUUCACUUGUAUAUCAUGCAAGGUCGCGUUCGAAUCUCCCAUCGAACAACGCAAUCAUUUCAACGCGGAUUGGCAUCGUUACAAUAUGAAGCGCAGGGUGGCCAAUCUCCCCCCCGUUGCCGCCGAUGCCUUCAACGACAAGGUCAUCCAGUAUCGCGAGCAGAACGCCGUUAGAGCCGAUCCUAGAUCGUUGAUAUGUGUGCCAUGCGGUAAAUCAUUUUCCAAUGAGAAUUCAUUCCGCACCCAUGUACUCUCCCGCAAGCACCGAGACAGAGAGACCGGCGCUCAGGCAGGUCACAACUCAGCACGAAUCGCGCCAAAGCCUUUAGAGAACGCCACGGCUCCUGACGUACAAGAUCACGGCUCUAAUGACGGCAACGUAUCGGACGACGAUGACCUCCAAGGCAAACUCGCGACCGCCCGGCGAGGUAUUCGCCCGUCAGACUGUCUGUUCUGCCCCAAACGUUUCCAAACGGUCACAUCCGCGCUUUCACACAUGUCUCACUUCCAUAGCUUUUUUAUCCCCAGACAGGAGGACCUCGUCGACCUCCCUGGCUUGCUGUCAUAUCUCGGAGAGAAGAUCGUCAUCGGCAAUCUUUGUCUGUACUGCCCCAACGGUGGCAGAGAAUUUGGCACCAUUCAAGCUGUCCGAGCACAUAUGAUAGACAAGGGUCACUGCAAAAUGGCAUUUGAAUCGCCGGAAGAUAAGAUCGAGGUCGCCGAAUAUUACGGUCACGAUCAAGUUUCCGACCACGAGGAAUCGGAAUGGGAAGAUGUGCCCAGCGCUGAUGAUGGGUCGACGAGUUCGACGCAUAUAUCUACGCACGCUGUCACCAUUCGUCAUGAUGGUCUGUCUCUCACACUGCCCUCUGGUCGCACAAUCGGUCACCGAUCACUCAAAAGAUACUUCGCUCAACGCUUCGGACCUGCCUACGGAACGUCCCACGCGCUGGACCCCACCCAGGAGAAGAUCGCCAACAUCCGUGCAAGACUAGCUGAUCCUAGUCUUGCCUUGGUCCCACUAGCAGGCGGUGUGGGUGUUGCCAAGAAAGGCCUUUCUGUCGUAGCGGCACGCAAUCCUGGGGAAGCCCGUUGGGCUAAACGCCAAGGCGGCUCCUUCUUAGAUCAGAAGCGCCAUUUGGAGAACAAAUACAAAAUUGGCAUGAUUCAUAAUAGUCAAAAGCACUUUCGAGAUGCGCUAUUGCAAUGACAAGAAUCCAUCUCGUGAACUGUAUAACUCUCUGCCACUAGAUGUAACGCUUCCCGGCGCACUUUACGUGUUGUGCCCGCUCCAAGCUACCAUCUUCUCAUCUUCGAUGUGCUCUUCGAUGAAGUCGUUUACUUUGGCUGGAGACUGUUGCUGGUUGAUCAGGACUUCCCCUAAGUCGGUGUCAUUCCGGAUCGCGAAGGGAUCUCCGGAAGCGGCAAACAAACCAUACCCUGCCGACUCUCUCUGGCCUUGAUCGUCGGUCAUGAAAGUUGUAUGGAACUUGUUUUGAAAGGCGUUCGGAUCGAGUGAUGCGGCUCGUUGGAAGGAUGAUGGGCCGCGUUGCUCCAGUCCCGCUAGAUCCGCAGGUGGCACCGUUUGCGGGUAAGGCUGAUAGCGUGUGGACCGAUGUAAGAACACCCCGUGUAUAGGGCCCAUCAAGGGAUUGGCGGCCAUGACCGUUGGAGUCAUCGAACGAUGUCGACGUGGUGGUGCAGAUGGUGAGAGCGCCGCGACGUGGGAGGGGAAUGGCGUCGCAAAUGCGGGCCAUUCAUUGACGGCGUGGUGAGAUCCAUUCAAAAACUGCGUCAUGCCCGUCUCGGACGA